CAGAGCAACACACACACUCACACGCGCUCACACGCGCUCAGAGACAGAGCCAGAAAGGCAGCGGCGCGCGGGCUGCACUUGUGCAAUCACCACCAACAACACCAACAGCACCACCACCACCACCAUCAUCAUCAUCAACAUCAUCAUCAUCAUCAUCAUCAUGAACACAGGGAGCCAAUGCAGAACUUAGAGCUUCAUCUCCAGCAGCAGAAACACUGCCGCGCGCGACUCAGACUCAGCGAGCAGAUGGAACACGCACGCGCCUGAACUGAACUUGGAUAACGCGGGAUCGCGAGGGGGAUCUUUUUAUUUUUUUUUUAUAUAUUUUUAGUUUUUUGUCCGUUUUCCUUUCUUCUUCUUCUUCUUCUGCGAGAUCAUCAGGCUGGGUGGAUAAGCUCGUAACAAACCUGCGCGCGGGGCUUUUGAUGCCUUUACAAAGUGAAGCCAGCCGUGUGCUAUGACAGGCAAACUGGCCGAGAAGCUCCCUCUUACCAUGAGCAGUUUAAUGAACUCCAUCCCCGAAAGCCUUUAUCCUGAGGAAGACAACAUCCCCACCUCUAUGAACGUGUUCACCAGCGCGGAGCCCGCGGCGCACUACUCACACAUGAACACAGAUAAUAUCAUGGACUUGGGGAUGGGAGGUGAGAAGAGCAGUGGGGAGAUCCAGUACGGCUCCAGUAGUUUCCAGUCAAGUCGGAGUGGACAGACUGUCACUUACUUGGGCAAGUUUGCCUUCGACACCCCUCCUUCGGGGGGCAUCAGUGGCUCGGGUUGGUGCCCAGACAACAACAUCAUCAGCCUGGUGAGCGCCGGAAUCCUAGGCGUCUCGCCAUCACCUGGCAACAUCACCACCCAGACGUCCUCGUCGGGUGGCAGCAUGGGCGGCCAAUCGUCGGACAUUGAGCAAGUGUAUGCCCCGCCCCUUCCCGCCUACUCCACCUGCGGCGAAAUGUACCAGGAGCAGGUGUCCUUUCACCACAGCCCAGCCACCUCAUCCUCCCUGCCCUAUCCGGCCUCCGACUACCACAAUACCUCCUCCAAGCCCAGCAUGGACGGCAGCCUCUUCUCCAUGAUCCCUGAUUAUAACCUGUUCCACCACCAGGGCGAUGUUGGGGUGAUGGAACACAAGCCCUUCCAGGCCAUGGAUCCCAUCCGGGUGAAUCCGCCACCCAUAACACCCCUGGAAACCAUCCGGGCGUUCAAGGACAAGCAGCAGAUCCACCCAGGCUUCCUGGGCGGCCAGCAACAGCACGCGUCCCAGCACCACCACCACCAGCCCCCUCAGACCCUCGCCCUCAAGCCCAUCCGGCCACGCAAGUACCCCAACCGGCCGAGCAAGACGCCGGUCCACGAGCGGCCACACGCCUGCCCGGCCGAGAACUGUGACCGGCGCUUCUCGCGCUCCGACGAGCUCACGCGCCACCUGCGCAUCCACACGGGCCACAAGCCCUUUCAGUGCCGCAUCUGCAUGCGCUCCUUCAGCCGCAGUGACCACCUGACCACACACAUCCGUACACACACUGGGGAAAAGCCCUUCUCUUGUGAGUUCUGCGGACGUAAGUUCGCCCGCAGCGAUGAACGCAAGAGACACGCCAAGGUGCACCUCAAGCAGAAGGACAAGAAACCAGCAGACAAGGCUGGUGGUGCUGGGCCAGCGGGCAGCCACUCGUCCCCACCAAGUUCCUGUGGGAGCGCCGGACCCAGCAGUGCCAGUAUCCUGACUGUUACCACGUGCGCCUAGGGAACUCUCCGCAGUUAGAUACAAUGGGGCUGGGGGGAGGAGGACACUGAGCUCUUUCCUUUCUUCUAAAAGGCCUGGCAAUUGACUCUUACACUCUCUCCCCACUCUCCAUGUAUCGGUUUAUUUGUUACGGUCUUCGAUGUUUGUAGUCAGAUGGCAUAGUCAUGUUGCCCCGCACCUUUUUGCUUUAGGUCAGGCUAGUGAGUGUUCAGGGAGGAAGACUCACUAGUGUUUUAUGGCAGGGAGAAUAGCGCACUGGGGCAGCAGCUGGAGGGACAGGGACAGUUUAGGUCAUCCCAGGGCAAAACAGAGGCACUUCUUUGAGAAAAGCAUUACAGGCUCAGGGAGUCCUACUUCCGGCUCCGGGGACCUACAUGAUCCCCUGAUAUUUCAGUCUGGGCCAAAUUAGUCUUUUU